AUGCUUAAUAAUAUAAUUUCUAAAAAUCGCAUUGUCAUACCGAAUGGUAUGAGUGAAGAUGUUGACACAUCUGAAUCUGAAGAUGAAAUGAACAAGAUUCAGAAUAUUUUAAAAAAACAGUUAACAAUAAACGAUAACUCUUCAUCGAGUGAAACCAGUGAUUUAGAAGAAAAACCUCAAGAUACAUUCAAAUCUAAAUCAAAGAAGAAAAAAAGGAUACACUGGAUUAAAAAGCCAUUUAUGCCUCCAACAUCAACAUUUAUUGAAAUUUUACCACCACCCCCAAUCAAUAAUGAUCUAAAACCAGUUGAUUACUUUUAUUCGAUGUUUGGCAAAGAAUGA